AUGAGUUCAUUUAAAGAGGAACGAAAUCGGGCUUUUAAAGAAAAAGAGGACAUUGAGAUGAAAAAAUUUAAUGCAGAAAGAGAAAACUUGGAACUUACUGAUGCGAAUGUUAAUUUACAAGCAGAAAUAAAUCGACUGAAAGAAGAAAAUACGAGAUUGAAGAUAGAAAGAGAUGUGCAAGAAGUCGAAAAAGAUAAACUGAGGGAAGAAAACUCCGACCUGAGAGAAGAGAACUCGGAUUUGGUCAGAUUAAAUAAUGAUUUGCUUACGCAAAAAGAAGAGUUUGAAAAUGACAAGAAAUGGUACCAGCAACAGAUUUCAAAUCUCACGAACGAAGUUUACGAAAGUAAAAAUAUCAUCUAA